UCCUAUAUAUAACACCACUACUACCUUUGUCUCUACAAUCUGUAAACUAGAAUGUCUCUCACUACUACCUCUUUCUUUGGUUGGAAGACCACCAUCAAUGAUGAAUUAGAUGAUCUUGAAACAACGGUUUUUUCUAAUGCUCGCAUUGAUUGGAAGGAAAGUUCUGAUGCAUUCAUCUUCAUUGUCGAAACACCGGGGUUGAAGAAGGAAGAGGUGAAAGUUGAAAUUGCAGAAGGGAAAGUUCUUAAGAUAAGUGGGGAAAGGAAGAAGGAAUUCAAAGAGAAGAAUGAAAAUUGGCAUCGUGUGAAGAGAAGCAGUGGAAAAUUCCUUCGAUCAUUUCGACUGCCGGAAAAUGCAAGUGUUGAUCAAACUAUCAGUAUGGAGAAUGGAAUUUUCACAGUGACUGUGCCUAAGGUGGAUUGGAAAAAGACUUCUCCAAGAUUAGUUGAUAUUUCAGGUUAAUUUCUAUGUAUAUGUAUAUCAUGUUGGCGGGAAAUUAAGAUCAAGAUUAUAUUUUCAUA